GAUAUGAAUGAUAUAAAGGUGGUGUUGAAGCCAGAUGAUGGUCCAUACAGAGGUGGAGCUUUUGUCUUUCAGAUAAAGAUAAAUCCUGAAACUUAUGAAUCCAAGGGACCGGAAGUUCAAUGUUUAACACAUGUUUAUCACCCAAACAUCGAUACUGAGAAAGGUGUGGAUUACGAAAACUUUGGAGAAAUUUCCAACGUUUGUUUGAAUAUGUUGAAGGAUUGGCAACCGUCAUUCCACUUAGAUGGUUUAAUCAACGGACUGUUGUUUUUAUUCCACCAACCAAACCUCGACGACCCUUACAGUUCGUAUUUCGAAUACAAUGUAUCGAUGGACGAUUUUGAGAAAAACGUCCGAAAGUCAUUGCUAGGA